AUGGCGGAGGAAGCGCCCGAGGACGCGCCCGAGGACGGCGCGGCGCGGACCCUGCCCAGCCUCAGGCGGCUCUCCCGGGCUCUGCCCUUCGGACGGAGCCAUGGCCGCCUCAUUGUGCCAGCGCUGUGCUCUCAGGAAAAGGCGGACCCGCAGAAAACAGCGCUCCUGCUGCGGAAAGCCUGGACGCUGUACAGCGUGACCCCUCUGUACGGCUUCCGCCGCGCCCGCCUCAGGGACUACGCGCGGCUGCUGGGCGCCUUCAUCGCCGCCGAGAAGCAGAAGGGGCUGGCGGUGGAGGUGGGCGUCGAGCUGGACGUCAAGGUGGCCCUGUCCAGCCUUGCCGACAUCAGGGGCAGCGAGCUGGACCAGGCUGCCCUCCUCGUGCAGCUCUCCUCGAGGUCACGAAGCUCCUCCAGGAACUCUGAGGACAAACCCGUGUGGUUGGGCUGGUUCUGCUCCGUGUUUGGAGACGAGCUUUCCGAGAGCGUGCCCGAGCACUUCACCUGCCUGCCCCUGUUCCUGAGCCACGGCGCCGAGAGCUACACGGCCCUGGUGGGCAGCUGGUUCCAGAAGACUUUCGACUGCUGCUUCCGCCGCCUGGCCAUCAGCCCCCUGAACCUCAGCUGGAUGGUGGCCAUGUGGGCUGGCUGCAAGCUGGACAGAGCUGCCUCUGCCGUGGAACUCGUCUUCUCCGUGCCCCGCCUGGCGCAGCCGCUGGAUAUUUCCUACGCCAUCCACCCGGAGGACGCCAAAGCUCUGUGGGACACGGUGCAAAAAACGCCAGGAGAGAUCACCCACGAGGAGGUGGAUGUCUUCAUGGACUGCCUCUAUGCUCACUUCCACAGGCACUUCAAGAUCCACUUGUCAGCUGCGAAGCUGGUGAAGAUUUCCACAGCCGUUGCCUCGGCACACUGUGAUGGGAUUGUAAAGAUUCUACACAGCCAGUACCUGCCUGGAGUGCUGAUGCUACUGACUGAACUUGCAAUCUCUCAGAUACAGUGAGAGCCAUUUCAGUAGCUCUUCAUACUCAAAAGGCUUUCUGUUUGGACAGUCUGUGCUGAGAAACCCCCAGCCUCACUCCUGCAGCAUCUUCUUUCCUCUCAUUCUGGCUGACUUUGGACAGACUGUAACUCCAGUACUUGGCUGUGUAAUUCCAUGCACAGCAAAGUCAAGCAGACAUUUGGCCCUGAAGAAGGGCUGCAGUGCAAACUUGUGGCAGCUUCCUGAGCAGCUUUGUUUUCUCACCGUCACUGAUUUCAUUUAUGAGCAGGUAUCAGCCCAGAGACAAACAGUGCAAGUUCUUGGUGCAACUCCCUGGCAGGUAUUUCUGUUGUUUCCAAGUUGGUUUUCACUGGACAGCCUAAGCUAUGCAGACCUUGCCUAAACUGUGACUACUCUUGGGCUACCCUAAAUGGAAAGUUCAGCACACCUGAGAAAGGGUGCAUGCUGUACAAUCCAGGGCAGAAAAAUCCAGGUUUCUAACUCCGUUUUUAGCUUGUUAAGGGUACUUGGUAAUGGUGAUAGUGUUCAUUUAUGUUCCAGUUGGGCAUGAAAUUGGACAUGAGGCACUUGUCAGCCUGCUGGUCCUCCCCGGCACAUUGAUAGAUAGGAAAGUGAGGAUAGGAAAGUGUGGAUAAACUUGAUAGUUACUGGGCUUUGUCCUGAUGUUUGUAACCUUGGAUAUAAUCCUGUAGGCCAGAGAGCACUCAGGGUUGGAGCUGUGUGCUAGAAUUUGAUGUUGGAUCCCCCCCUUCUGAAGCAGGUAAGAGGUCAGAGGGACAUUUAAGGAACAGAAAGUAGCACCUGCUGAGAGAUUUUUGUAAUACAGUACUAAAUAAAGAAAAUCUUCUCCAUCUUUUUUCUCAAGGAAAGACCACCACUGUCUAAUUAAAUAUAUCCUUGCAUGGAGCUUAUUUCCAAUUACAGCUUACCUGACCAAACCACCCUUUGUUACUUAUUAAAUGCUUCUGGGAGC